AAAAAUCCGCAAAUCCGAAACAAAAAAUUCCGGAAAUUAGAACAAGUCUGACUGCUAAAAUGAGUGACUCAAUUAAUUGGAAUAAAAUUAAAUCUGGAAAUGUACGCACUAUAUGGGCAGAGAUAGCUCCUACUAUUAGCAAAGAACUCUUUAAUAAUAAAGUUGCAGUUGUGAAGAACAUACAUGAUGCCCCUCUCUACGAUUUGAUGGUUUGCUUCAGAAAAGAUGCUCAGUUCAUGAAGAAGGAAUACUAUCUUCUGGGACAUUUCUCCGACCUUGCAAAGACGACUGGUCCUCCUCCAGGCACCAACUCCGACAACCUCCUGAAGAUUUGCUCUAAGACUUUGAAAGAAACAAUUCCAGAAACCUUUAUACAGAGGUGGAGCAAAGGAAAGUCAACAAUUAGGGUUGAACUGUAUGGGAUGAGUAAGCAUAUAAUUAACUGGGCAGUAAAUAAUGGAGAUCUUGUUGUGGAUCUAACUAAUCCCUCUGCACAUCUCAUGAAAACCGUGUACAUAAUCAAUGAGGUCGUCUAUGUACAGAAGGUACAUAUGGAGGUUGAAGUGAACGGAGCGAAGAUACAACAUAGUGUAUUUGACGCUAGGAUACCAAUAGCUGUGGCAUACAACAAGUUUCCAGUGAAUGAUAAAGGUGUUCUUGGUCCAGCUAUCAAUAACAAGGUUGAUACAGAUGCUGAUUUCUUCUGUGUGAACGAGGAACCAUUAUAAUAUAGUUUGUUUGCGUUAUUUUAUGCAUACACAUCAUGCACAAUCCAGAUAUUUCAUAAUUGUUUGCAAUUAAUUAUAUGUUUAUUCUAAUGCAUUUAAAUUUUAGUCGGAACAAUGAUAAUAAAUCAUUUUUCACCCUUAACUUGAUGUAUUUAAAAUAUAUUUAAAAGUUUUAAAA